AUGCCCAGGUAUGUCUCUAUCCCCCUCCGCGUCCUCUAUUUACCUAUCUACAUGGAAGACCUCAUCUGUUUAGGGUGCAUGAAAGUUUUCCCAUCUCAAAAGCGCUUGAGUGGUCAUGAGGCCCAGUGUGAAGCCAACAAACUUCCUGAUGCUGACGGCUACAAGAGUCAGCAUUACCUCGAGAAGGGACAACGCAGGCAAAGGAACACCUCUCCCGAAGCUGACGUGCAGAUGGACCUGGGUGAUGACUAUGUCAACACUGAGUAUGGGGAUACUGCAGGACCCUUGGGAUAUAUUCCAGAAGUGGAACCUCCAGUGCCUACCCCAGAUGCACCUGCUGUUGUCUCUGCCCAUUCUGGGCAGCUCAGCAACUCACCUCGCUCACAUGCCCCCAACCAAUUGUCAGGAGGCGGACGACCCUCUAAUCAACCUAUCAAGGUUCAGCCUGAGCAACCACAGGCACCAGAUAGUCCUGCCUCCAAAGACAUUCCUCAUCAGCCCCCCCCUCAUCCCAUACCAAACAGCCCCUGA